AUGACGUGGGAGUUCAUGCAGACACUGACAAAUAUCAACGAGAGCACGAUUGUGCACACUACGUCUGCAUGCGGGUCGUACCAUACUACAAACACAAGGCUUGGCCUCACUGAGCACUCGCCAAUAAUUUCUCUGAUCCCACAGUUCCCUCCAUUGCAUCCGACAAAUCUUCUGCAGGACAGCCAACCAAUGGCCUCUUAUACAUCUGAACUAACUGUGCAUGCUCCUACACCUGCUCCCAGUCCUGCGUUGAUGAUUGGGAAGCGUCGUCGUUGCACCGCAGAGGAGACGCAUCUUGUCCAGGCCACUGCACCUCCCGCAAAGAAACAGCGGAAGUACACCAGGAAAGCACAUGUGACAAAGAAGCGCAAAGGAAAGGGAAAGGAUGAAGAAAUUUCCGAUGAUGUUCGUUUUCCAGAUGGAGGAAGUCCAAGUUGCGAACGCUGUGGAAGACAACACGGGCGCAUCAAGUCUUGGUGCGACCCCGUCAAUGCUUCAGGUUCCUUCCCUGGCGCUGCGUGUGAGUGUAUGAUGGAGGGCAUGCUCAAACCGUUGGAGCCGAUGAACCUUCAUAACCGUCCGUCCGUCCCUCGAGAUACUCCGCUAGCUGCGCCCAUUUUUGCGCCCGCGCCAAAUGAUGUAUCAACGUCGAAGAAGGGUCCGAAGCGCACUUCGACAGUAGCACCUUUUGGUGAGGACGCUUCACGUCCCACGAAGAGAGCUCGGAAGUGA